AUGGCGAGUGGUAAUCGGGUCCCGGAGAGUCUUACAACACUCACUCCCAUUUUGCAAACUCCACUUUCGGACACUUUGAAUUUGCCUCUCUCGCAACAGGGGCGCAUUUGUGGAUUCUUCGAGGCCCAGUUUUGGAGAUGUAUGGAGGCAUAUGGAGCCAAACUCGGACGGAAAUACUGCGAUCUUGAACACAGGGACUUCAAUGAGUGCAUGACAAACGAAAAGCAAACGAAAAGGGCGGAGGCAAUUCGUGCUCAAUAUGAAAAAUUGUACAAAGAAGGAAAGAUCAAGACGCCCUAUGUUGAAGAUCAUCCGGCUGCCGGCGAGUUCAAGGCUGAUCAUUUUCAAUGGAGGCGUAUUAAU